CAAAAUUGGGGGGACCCCGAGAUGAAAAAUCUGCAAGUCACGUUAUUCCCAACCCCGAGCAACCACAGCACGAGAUUCCCAAAUCGGGUCUUCUUUCUUCUUGGCUUUUUCUUUUCCUUUUUCUUUUUGGCUUCUUUCGUCAUCCACAGAUUGUAUAAAGAUGGAUUCUGGUCUAUUGUCCCAGAUUCAGCAAGGAAAAAAGCUGAAAAAAGCCGUGACGAACGAUCGUUCCGCGCCAUUGAUAUCAGCACCAAAAAACAGUGCCCCAUCCGCGGGCGGAAUGGCUCGACCGCCUAUUCCGGGUAUGGGUGGCCCUUCUUCAACUGGAGGGUCGACAACAGGACCAACUGGAGGGCCGAGUUCGGGAGGGCUAGGCGGCGGAGCACCACAACUGGGAGGAUUGUUUGCAGGCGGCAUGCCAACAUUGAAAAAAACGCGAGGAGCCGCUGUGGAUACCGGCCGACAAGCACCAUCAGCACCUGCUGCUCCAUCGAUACCGUCCGCCCCUUCAGGUGGAUUAUCUCGACCACCCGUUUUCAAUAAGCCGUCCUCUCAUGGUGGAGGUCAUCAAACAUUACCAAGAUCCUUCAAAGCCCCUCCACCCGUUCCAGGACGUAUGACCCCAUCAGCUCCAUCGGCAGGCGCACCACCUGCUGCACCUCCACCUCCACCACCGCCUCCAGCUCCACCGGCGCCUUCGACAGGAGGUGCACCGCCACCACCUCCACCACCUCCACCACCUCCACCACCAGCUCCAUCAGCACCUGUACCUUCAGGCAUUUCACCAGCGAUUAAAUCAACUUUGGUUCCUUCUUUACCUGGACGGUCUCGCUCCAACAGUUCACCUCAACGACCUGUACCACCUCCGCCUGUGAGGGCUGUACCUACAUCACCGGCUAGUCCUGCACGACAGCCACCCAGUAUUCCGUCCAUGCCGGGACGUUCGAGCCCAUCACACGUUGUGCCUCCUACGCCACCAUCCAUGCAUGCCAAUAAAACCAAUAAAUUGGCCGUUCCACCGCCUUUACCACCAGGUAGACCGCGAUCUGCGUCGGCUGCAGGAUCUCCGGCAUCUCCGGCAGCAUCCGGACCAUCAUCAUCACCACCUCCACCACCGCCGCCGCCACCACCACCACCUAUGCCGGGAAUGACGCCUAGUCCUUCUCAUCGUGCCCCUGCUGCUCCUACUCCACCGAGAGCAGGAUUAGCCACACCUCCAAGAUCACCUUUGCCACCAGCACCUCGACGAGCUAAUCUACCACCUCCACCACCUCCUCCACAGCUAUCCUCUAGAUCGCCGACGUUGCGAGCAACACCCCCCGUCAGUGGGUUCCGACAAGGCAUGAACCAUACUGACACCAAUACAUCCGUGAAAGCAGAACCGCCGCGUACCGAAGGAGGAGGUCGUUACACAUUCCGAUCUAUGUCUGAACUACCAUCCCCGCGAUCCUAUCGAUCUCACAUAAAGCGAAUCUAUCCCAGUGGUGAAACUAAAGGCAACGCUUUCCCAUUGAACCUGGCAAGUCUUCGUUAAACGGAUAUUUCAUCAUAGUUUCCCUCUUUUGUUUUAGAAAAAAGCUGCAACAAUCCAAUAUAGAGCAUGGAAUGGUAUCAGGACAAUUGUAAUUUUUUUU